AUUAACUGUGGUGUUCGCAUUUGUGAUUCUCUUUAAAAUCAUCAUUACAUGAUCAAAGGUAAUUUAAUACGAGGUAGAAACGACGUCGUCUUCGUCAACUUUUUUUGGUUUAUAAUCGUCAAUACACACUAUAAUAUUUCCUCUUGGAGAAGGGAAGCGAAAAGCGCACAAAAGCUGAGAUAUCAAAAACAAGUUUGAAAUUAGAGAAGAAAAAGAACCAACAACACGACAGAACACGAAGAAACAAAGUGUUAGAAGAGUUUCGGAAUCGAGAUCCGCUCUUUUCACAGCGUUGAAGAUGCAGCCGGAGCAGCGAUGCCGGCCGAUGACCUCGACUGUAUCGGAGAUCGAGGAAGUUCUACCCGAUGAAGACUCCGAUAGAACGACUCUUCUCAACGGUGAACAAAUGCGUCGUCGAGUUACCGGAAAGUUUGCGGUGGACGGAGGAAAUCGUCGGAUUUGCCGGCAGCAGUCGUUUGGCCGCGAAAUUGGCCACGCGGCAGCUGAGACGUACCUGAUUACUAGACUUAGCUUCAAGCUUCUACGUUACCUCGGGGUAGGCUAUCGAUGGAUGACAAGGUUAUUUGCCCUUACAUGUUAUGCUAUGUUGCUUAUGCCUGGCUUUCUUCAAGUUGCAUAUAUAUAUUUUUUCUCUUCACAAAUCCGGAGGAGUAUAGUGUAUGGAGAUCAACCAAGGAACAGGCUGGAUUUGUACUUACCGAGCAACAAUGAUGGCAUGAAGCCAGUUGUGGUUUUUGUGACCGGUGGAGCUUGGAUUAUUGGGUACAAAGCUUGGGGCUCGCUCUUGGGAAUGCAACUAGCAGAAAGGGAUAUCAUUGUAGCAUGCCUUGACUACAGGAACUUUCCUCAGGGAACAAUUAGUGAUAUGGUGACUGAUACUUCUCAAGGGAUCUCAUUUGUCUGCAAUAACAUCUCUGCAUUUGGAGGUGACCCCAACAGGAUCUACCUAAUGGGGCAAUCAGCUGGUGCCCAUAUAGCCGCUUGUGCUUUAUUGGAACAAGCUACUAAAGAAUCAAAAGGAGAGAGCAUCUCCUGGAGGGUUUCCCAGAUAAAAGCUUAUUUCGGAUUAUCUGGAGGGUACAAUCUAUACAAUUUGGUUGAUCACUUCCACAAUCGGGGACUGUAUCGCUCUAUUUUCCUAAGCAUAAUGGAAGGAGAAGAGUCCUUUGAAAAAUUCUCUCCGGAAGUAAGAUUGAAAGACCCAAUUGUUGGAAAAGCUGCGUCUCUGAUGCCUCCUAUAAUACUUUUUCAUGGAUCUUCAGAUAAUUCAAUACCAUGUGAUGCAAGCAAAACUUUUACAGACGCUCUCCAAACUGUUGGAGCCAAAGCCGAGCUUGUUUUAUAUAGUGGAAAGACACAUACCGACUUAUUUCUUCAGGAUCCCUUAAGAGGCGGUAAAGACGAACUGUUUGAUGACAUAGUCUCUGUAAUACACGCGGAGGACAAUGAUGCUCUGACCAAAGACUCAUUGGCUCCUCCCAGAAAGCGUCUUGUCCCAGAAUUGUUGCUGAAACUGGCUCGUGAGGUUAGCCCUUUCUGACUGCCAAAAUACCACUUGCUUGAUUUGUUAAUUAUCAGUUUGUAUCUUCGUUAGUUGCCCUGUAUUUUCACUUUUCUUUUUCUGUAAUUCAAUUUGUUCCUUAGAUAUAAAUAGAAACUCUUACCUUUUCUGUA